UUUCCUCCCGGUGUGUUUUUGUUGUACCACAGGCAUUACAGAAGUGGCUGGAGUUGUCAGAGGCAGUCUCAAUCAUGCCUUAAGUUGAUUAAUUGUACUUUUGACAUGGAAUACCGAUGAAGAUGUCGUGGUUAUAGGGUUCAUGUCAUAAAUGGCUGCACUGUGGUCAAAGAUCUCUGCUGUUCUGCCUCCUGAUGAAGACCAGUUUCCACUUCAGUUCAGUGACAAAGUGGAGUCCAGCAUCGUGGAAAUGCUAAAGCGGUCGAGGCGUCAGCUCUACGGCGACACCCCGAGUACCAGCCGUAUGCUCAACGCUCAGAUUAUCCUGGAUUUUUCGUGGGAGAAACUCAACAUGGGGACAUGGCGUGACGUGGACAAAGAAUGGAGGCGUGUUUAUUCGUACGGCUGCCUGUUCAAAGCAGCUGCUCUGUGUCGGGAAGAUCCUUCACCAGAAGAGCUCCUGCAGGCUGUGAGGACUUGUGACAUGGGAUUACUCAUGGGUGCAGCCAUCAUGGAUGAUAUACUGCAGGUAUUUGUUCACAUACUGCAGGGAGAAGUCAGGACGUCAGCUAAGGAAGACGAGGAGAAAAGGGACCAUCCUGAGGUUAAGAGAAUAAAGAUCGAGCUCCCUCAUGUUCCUGUCAUCAAAGAAGAGCUGGCUGUUCCUAGGAUCAGGUGUCCUUCCCUGGAGAGCUUCAACAAAAACUACCUUCUGCCUCUCAAACCAGUGAUUUUAGAGGGAGUCAUCGCCCACUGGCCUGCUCUCAAUCAUCGACCCUGGAGCAUAGAAUACUUGAGGUCUGUGGCUGGUUGUCGAACUGUUCCUGUGGAGGUGGGAUCGAGGUACACAGACGAGGAAUGGUCCCAAUCGCUGCUAACAGUCGAUGAAUUCAUCGAUCGGUACAUUAUCAAUAAAGAUGAAGAAAAAAGUGUGGGAUAUCUCGCUCAACACCAGCUUUUUGAUCAGAUCCCAGAGCUGAAGGCUGACAUUCGCCUCCCUGAUUAUUGCUGCCUCGGUGAAGGAGAAGAGGAAGAUAUUACCGUAAACGCCUGGUUUGGCCCUAGAGGUACAGUGUCUCCUCUUCACCAGGAUCCACAGCAGAACUUUCUGGCUCAGGUGGUGGGGAGCAAAUAUAUUCGCCUAUAUUCCCCAGAGGACACAGACAAGCUGUACCCUCAUCAAUCCCAGCUCCUUCACAACACCAGUCAGGUGGAGGUUGAAAAUCCUGACACUGAGCAGUUCCCAGAGUUCGCCAAGGCUCCGUAUCAGGAGUGUGUGUUGCAGCCUGGAGAGGUGCUCUUCAUUCCUGUAAAACACUGGCAUUAUGUACGCUCCUUAGAGCUUAGCUUCUCUGUCAGCUUCUGGUGGUCGUGACUGCAAACUCAUAAUAAAAAAUGUUUGUAGCUU